AUGUCCUCCGCUACCGCUUCCGAUCGGGUCGACCUCGACCAAAGCACCUCGCUCGCCGACCAGCUUCGCCAGAAGCAUUCGGUUACCAUUGAAGAUGCUGAGGACCCUGAUCUCCCUGUCCCAACAUUGAAGCAAAAGUCCGAGUAUGGUCAGUCGAAAAGCCUGGACACCAAGUCCCAUGAGCUGUUCCCCGAGCUUGGCGGCCCCAAGAAAGCCAACUCGGGAGCUGCCCCCAUCUGGAACGCCAAAGGCCCUGCCGAUGUCCAUGGUGGCAGCUAUGCCAACGGCGGCUCCGAAUCUUCCAAGGGUGGCCCUCCAUCACUGUCUAUCCCCGGUCGCAAUGUCGCACACGUACUCUUGGAACCCCAACAGGUUAUGCCCCGUUCGCAGCUCAAGCGGCCUAUCCCGGAUAUUCUCAAGGACUUGAACCGUAAAUCUCGCGCCAAUGUGUCAAUGCUUACCGCUCCGAACGGACGCCUUCGCUUCGAGGCAACUGGUCCUUCUGAUGUUGCCAACCAGGCAUUGAGGGAACUUGUGCAGCAGAUCGGCGCCAAGCAAACCGUGACAGUCCCUAUUCCCCAGUCUGUAAGGCCGCAUAUUAUCGGAAAACAGGGUGCGACAAUCAAGUCUUUACAAGAGAGGACUGGAGCACGUAUCCAGUUGCCCAAGGACAACAAUGCUCAACCUGUCGACGACGAUGAUGAAGCCAUGGUCGAUGUCGUGAUUGAGGGGAACGCUGUCUCGGCCCGCGCUGCACAAGACGCUAUCUUGAACAUCGCAAAGGAGCGCUCUGCCAACGUGACCACGAAACUGAAGAACAUCCCCGCCGAGUUCUACCCCUUCCUCUCUCGUGAAUUACAGCUGGGCGAUGAUGUGAUUGUUCGCAUACCCCCGCACCAGCCUUUCACAACGCAGCCGCCGCCGCCACCAACCAUGGGCCAACGCCCCACGUUCAACCCGGCACCCGUGGAGAACUUGAUACAGGUGGCUGGUGAGCGCGCUGCAGUCCAGGCUGCACGUGCAGAGAUUGAGCGUAUUGCUGAACAGCUGCACCAGCAGCUGGAGCUGGAACAAGCCUCAAUCCAGCGGGGAAGACAUCAGUUCAUCAUUGGAGAACGAGGAUUGCCAGCCGAAGAGUUCUUCAACGAAACUGGCUGCACGAUAGUCAUGCCUGUGGAUGGUGAGGAUGAUGUCGUCACCAUCAUUGGCCCGCAGAACAAGGUACAGAACGGCAUGGAGCGUGCCAUGGAUCUGGCCAUGAACAUGCAGAUGUCGAACCUGGACAUCUCGCGCUUCCACCGCCAAGCACCAGGAGGUGCCUCAGCCCACGCACGUAACGUAACGCGUUACCUUCGCCAAAGGCGGGAAAUCCAGCGCCUUGAAGAGCAGCACAAUACCCACAUCAACACCCCUUAUACCCAGGACGGUGCUUUGCCCUGGGAGCUCUAUGCUCGUGACGGCAAGAACGCGAUCCGCGCUCAGUCGGAAAUCAAGGGUCUUGUUGACAGUCACCCUCCCUCCCGCAUGGCUACUGUCCCUGUCGAUCCCUUCUUCCAUACCUAUCUCAAGAAAGAGGUCAACAAGAACCUCAAGGAGACGUAUGGCGUCAACAUGGUCGUUCCAGAGACUUCCGAGGCUGGUGCGCCAGUUCUCUUGGUAUUCGAAGAGGUCGCUCCUUUCGACGCGCCCUACCAAGUGCCUCGCAAUGCACCAUCUCAGGCUGAAAUUCGUCAGUUCCAAGAGGGUCUUCGCGCGGCAGAGAAGCACCUCCUCGAUAUCAUUAGGCAACAAGAAGAAAUACUGACACAUCCCAUCGAGGUGCCGCAGAAAUUCCACGAAAAGCUCAAGCGGUUUAUCAAGGCUGAACAGCAGAAGAGGCCCGAAGACCAGAUUCCCCUCAGAGUGUCCAGCAUCGGUCAAACGGUCAUUCUCCGUGGGCCCAAGACCCCUGUGGAAAAGCUUGCUGCCAAAAUCGACGCCUGGGUGGCCCAGGAGACAGAGGAUGAGAAGGAACGUGGCUUUACUCUUGAUUUCGAAUUCCCUCAAAAGUUUGCCAACCACCUUAUUGGCAAGGGCGGCAGCAACAUCAGGGAGCUCAAGGAGAGGUUCGACGUUGAUAUUCAGGUUGACAAUGGCAAGGUCGAGGUCAAGGGACCAAAGGCAAAGGCCGAAGCUGCCAAGUCUCACAUUCUCUCUUUGGGUCGUCAGCUCGCAGAUGAGACUACCCACAUUCUCAAGAUUGACCCCAAGUUCCACAGGGAGCUGAUUGGGGCACAGGGUGCACAAAUCAACCGUCUGCAAACUCGGUACAAGGUGUUGAUCUUCUUUCCACGCUCGGCCAAGCCGGCCAAGGAUGACGACUCGGCUGGUGAUGCUGGCAGCGAAGCUGGCGCCAAGCCACGCAGACAACAAGCACCCGACGAAGUCAUAAUCCGAGGACCUAAAAGGGGCGCAGACGAGGCUCGGGAUGAGAUUUUGUCACUGGUGCAAUACCUCAAGGACAAUUCGUUCACGGCUACCAUCACUGUGCAACAGAAGCAGCUCCCCCACUUCAUCGGCUCUGGAGGAUCAAACAUGGAUGCCUUGCGCCAGCAGACGGGAGCCAAGAUCGAUAUUCCUAACGGCAGGGACACCCCCGACUCUACUGUUGAGAUACUCAUCAAGGGUACAAAGUCUCAGGUUGCUGCUGCCAAGAAGAUUCUCGAGGAGAAGAAGUCUGUCUUUGAUGACACUGUCGUGAGGGAGGUUGAAGUCGACAGGAAGUUCCACAAGUCGCUUAUUGGACCUGGCGGCUCAACACUUCGUGAUAUUGUUGUGGCGGCGGGCGGUUCCGAUGACCGUCGUGAGCUUGCUCGUACCGUUCGGUUCCCUAAGCAGGAUUCGGAGGGCAACACGAUCAAGAUCGAAGGCCGCACCGAGGUUGUUGAGAAGAUCCUCGCCAAGAUCCAGGAGAUUGUGUCCCAACGCGAAAGCCAGGUCUCGGAUGUGAUCGACGUCCCCGUCGAGAAGCAUAGGACACUGAUUGGUCGUGGUGGAGAUGUCAAGCGACAAAUGGAGAACAAGUUCAAGGUAUCCAUCGACAUCCCCAAGCAGGGCGAUGGCAAGACGGAUGUCAAGAUCUCUGGUCAACCAUCGGACGUGAACGCGGCCAAGGAGCACAUUCUGUCCCUGAUCAAGGAGCAGCAGGGCGAGACUGUCGAAGUCCCUCGCAACCUGCACCACUCAGUGUCCGGGGGUGGUCAGUUCUUCCGUAAGCUUCGCAACGACCUUCAAGUGACUGUCGACCACGCAGGUCACCAGGUGCCUCCUAGGCCCAGCCAACAGACUCGCUCUAAUGGCGGUGGCGCCCUGCCUCUGAUUACGGACGAGCCCGAUGCCAACGCGCACUCGUGGCAUGUCGUGGAGGCCAACACAUCCGGAUCCGACGAGGAUGGCACAAUCCCUUGGGUGUUCCGUGGCUCGGAGGAGAACGUCGAGAAGGCCAAGAAGCUCUUCGAGGCUGCCUUGGCCCAGGCCAAGAAGCCCAGCGCUACCGGAUAUCUUACCUUGUCGGACCCUCGCACUUAUAGAUUUGUCAUUGGCCAGGGCGGUAGCAAGGUCAACCAGAUCCGCAAGCAGAGCGGCUGUAGCAUAACCGUGCCCAAGCAGGGUAGCGACGACCCCAUCGAGGUCGUGGGAACCAGGGAAGGGGUUGAGAAGGCCAAGGAUUUGAUCCUGGCUGCCGUCGAAGAAGGCUCGCGUGGUCCCGCAGGUAGGGAUUAA